UACCGCCCCAUAUACCGUAAAAUGCGACGUCGUAAAGAAUAAACUCCCGCUCCAAGAUGGCGGCGGUGCCAGACGAGGCCAGUACCUCGGUGAAGACGGAGCCGGAGCUCCCGGAGGAAGUGAAGAGCGAGAACGCGGGGAGCGUGAAAAAUGAGGAGCCGGUGCUCGGGAACGGCAAUGGGGUCUCUCCCAAGCCCCCGAGUCCCCAGGUGGCCCCCGCCGCGGUCACGUCCCAAGCGUCCAGCUGCUCGGAGAUGCCGGACCGCCAGACGCUGCUCGCCGUGCUGCAGUUCCUGAGAAAGAGCAAUCUGCGGGAGUCCGCGGAUAUUCUGCGCCGGGAGACUGGCCUGCUGAGCGCGGAGGACGCCCUGAGCCCCGAGCCAUCCGGGGAAGCUGACGGCGCUGAGCAGCAGACCCUUCUGAGCCGAGUGAGUGCCGGCAACUCCGGGGGCUCAGCGGCGGCAGGAGGCGCCACAUCCAACAGCGGCUGCAACGCGGGGAUCCCGGUGAGAGCACCAUUGAGUAGUGGCCCACAGGACCAGCCGGAUGUCAGCGCUGUUCUGUCUGCUUACACCCAGCAAGGAGAUCCAACUCUCUACCAGGACUACUACAGUGGCCUCAAGCGAUUUAUCGAGUCUGUGCUGGAUUGUCAUCGUGCUGAGCUAUCCCAACUGUUCUACCCACUGUUUGUACACAUGUACCUGGAGCUGGUCUACAAUCAGCAUGAGAACGAAGCCAAAUCUUUCUUUGAUAAAUUUCACGGAGACCAGGAAUGUUAUUAUGAAGAUGAUCUCCGUGUCUUAGCCAGCCUCACAAAGAAAGAGCACAUGAAAGGAAAUGAGACCAUGCUGGACUUUCGGACCAGCAAGUUUGUACUGAGAAUAUCCCGUGACUCUUACCAGCUGCUGAAACGCCAUCUGCAGGAAAGGCAGAACAAUCAGAUCUGGAGCAUAGUACAGGAACACUUGUAUAUUGACAUAUUUGAUGGAAUGCCACGCAGCAAGCAACAGAUCGAUGCCAUGGUGGGCAGCCUGUCAGGGGAAGCCAAGCGAGAAGCCAAUAAAGUCAAGGUGUUCUUUGGUCUUCUAAAAGAGCCAGAGAUUGAGGUACCUUUAGAUGAUGAGGAUGAGGAAGGGGAAAAUGAGGAAGGCAAGCCAAAGAAAAAGAAACCAAAAAAGGAUAGUAUUGGAUCGAAAAGCAAGAAACAAGACCCCAAUGCGCCACCGCAAAAUAGGAUUCCUCUCCCAGAGCUGAAAGAUUCUGAUAAACUUGAUAAAAUUAUGAUUAUGAAGGAAGCUGCCAAACGGGUCCGCCUUGGUUCUGAUAUAUUGCCAUCAAUUUGUUUCUACACAUUCCUUAAUGCUUAUCAGGGCCUGACUGCUGUAGACGUCACUGAUGAUUCCAGCAUGAUCGGAGGAGGCUUUGCGGAUUCUACUGUGCGCGUGUGGAGCCUGACACCUAAAAAACUGCGCAGUGUUAAAAGCACAUCUGAUCUCAAUUUGAUUGACAAGGAAUCUGAUGAUGUCCUUGAACGAAUCAUGGAUGAGAGAACUGCCAGCGAGAUGAAGGUUUUAUAUGGACACAGUGGUCCUGUAUAUGCAACCAGCUUCAGUCCGGACAGGAACUACUUGCUGUCCUGCUCAGAAGAUGGCACUAUCCGCCUGUGGAGCCUUCAAACUUUCACAUGCUUAGUGGCAUACAAAGGGCACAACUACCCAGUCUGGGACGCACAGUUCUCUCCGUAUGGUUAUUACUUUGUCUCUGGUGGACACGACAGAGUUGCUCGCUUAUGGGCUACGGACCAUUAUCAGCCUUUACGUAUAUUUGCUGGCCAUCUCGCUGAUGUUAUAAGUACUCGUUUCCACCCAAACUCUAACUACAUAGCCACAGCCUCAACGGACAGAACAGUCAGAUUAUGGGAUGUCCUAAAUGGAAACUGCGUGCGGAUCUUCACGGGACACAAGGGACCAAUUCACUCAAUGACAUUUACUCCCAAUGGAAAGUUCCUUGCCAGUGGAGGCACAGAUGGCAGAGUCUUGCUUUGGGACAUUGGUCAUGGUUUGAUGGUUGGCGAGUUAAAGGGUCACACAAAUACAAUCUAUGCACUUAAAUUUAGCCGUGAUGGAGAGAUUUUAGCAUCAGGCUCUAUGGAUAAUACUGUUUGUUUAUGGGAUGCAAUAAAGGCUUUUGAAGACUUAGAAACAGAUGACUUUACAAGUGCUACAGGGCAUAUAAAUUUACAUGAACACUCCCAAGAGAUGCUGCUAGGUACUUAUUUGACUAAAUCUACCCCUGUAGUCCAUCUUCAUUUCACACGAAGAAACCUACUUCUGGCUGCUGGCGCUUAUAGCCCCCAGUGAACUGAUGCACUUUAUAUUUAAUGCAAAAAUAUCAUCUUCCGUCGUUUAACCUGCAAAUGUCCAACAAAGGGCAAAGGACUUGUUAUGCAACGAAGUUACCAAAUGGGAUACAGAUGUCAAUUUUCUUUGUAGCAAGAGUCUCUUGCGUUCUCUGCACUGCCUUGUUUGUCCCAGACUGCCUUCACUUGUAAAGUAACAGGGAUCAAACACAACUGCGGAACUGGUGCUGUGAUCAUUUGACAGUUAUAGUUUGAGCACUGAGUGCUUGUGUUUAUAUAACGCUUUAUUUGAUGACUAAUUCAGCAUUUGUCCAUCAGAUUUCAGAAGAUAUGUGUGAUGUACUACACUGCAGCAGUGUUAAGUAUUUGCCUACAUGGAAAUAAACAGCAUCAUUGUAGAAAUCAAUGACUAAUGCUAAAGACACUGUGCACGACCCAGUUUUCUUGAAAACCCAGAUGAAAGAAUUCUCCUUUUCCAUCCUUCGUCUCUUGAGGAGUAGUCACUUUAUCAAAAUUGAUAUUUCUGCAUUUGUCCUUGCCCCUAAACUUGUGGUUCAAAAUCCCAAAUAUAAAUGCUGUACUAUAAAGUAUAUAGACUUUUUGGCCAGUUGUCACGUGAAUUUAAACGCUCAGGUAUUUUUUUUUUUCUCUUUGUAUGUAACCUCCAGUCAUUUUAAUCUCAAAAACCACUUAACUAUUCCAAUACAUUGGUGUGACAUGGAGUCAUUUAAGUUACAUACCUUCUUCUCACUUUAAGUUAUUUGGGAGACAGUGUUCUAAUUUACAUAUGAACCUUUUAUUGUACUGAAGUUCCCAACCAAGUAUGGGUCUACAUAAAUAUCCCCAUAACACAUUGAAAUGUUACUACCUCUAACUGGAAUAAGCCUAGGCUGAUUCAGAUGGAUGCUAGAGCAAUAGACAGACGCAGCAGAAAACCUACUUGUGACAUUUAUUUCAUCAUAUACCUCUAACAGAAUGUGCUGACGUGUAACAUGAACAGCUGGGCAGGAUGUACAGUAGCUGCCACUUUUUGUACAGUUUUUUUUAAACUUGAUAUUUUGUAAAUAAAAGAAAACAAGUAUAA